UUUAGGUCUCUAGUAGCUUUGCCCUAUAUAGUCCGACUUGUAGGGUAGCUUGUGUUGAGAGAAAAAAAAAAUACCGUGGACUGGGUAUGGACCGUUUAAAGGUGUUGGGUCUGUGAUUAAUUUCAUUACUUAACUCAUAAAACCAUCAUCAUGGUAAAGGUUUAAUUGAGGAAAACAUCCGAGUGUCCAGGGCAGUUAGGACAUGAGAUAAGCCCGGAGUGACGUCCCGAAGGUGGGAGCUGUUUACGAGCGUGGCCAACUGGCAGCAGCGCUGACUUCACUGAGAGCCUGUCAAACGCAACCAACACAGCCAACAUGGCGGACUGGGACGCUGACAACUUCGAGCCAGAAGAGCCGAUUAAAAAGGCGGCAGCCCUGGACAAAUGGGAAGGCGAAGACGAAGAUGAAGAUGUUAAGGACAAUUGGGAUGAUGAGGAUGAAGAAGAUGAGAAAAAAGAAGAGGUGAAAAAAACAGAGACAAAGGUUUCUGAAAAGAAAAAGUUGAGUGAGAAGAUUAAAGAGAAAGAAAACCGGUUAAAGAAAAAACAACAGGAGCUGAAGGACAAAGAAUUGCAGGAUAAAGAAGCAGAGCUCACUCCUGAAGAGCAACUUGCAGAGAAGUUAAGAGUGAAGAAAUUGCAAGAAGAUGCAGACUUGGAGCUGGCAAAAGAUGCUUUUGGUGUCAGCAGCACUUCAUCAAACAUUAUCACUGGGAUUGAUGCCAUGUGUCCAUCUUCCAAAGAGGAUUUCACAGAGUUUGAAAAAUUGCUGAAGGAAAAGAUAUCCCAGUUUGAAAAAUCUGUGCAUUAUUCAAGUUUCCUGGAUUCAUUGUUUCGGGAACUCUGUAUUUCAUUGGAGGUAGAUGACUUGAAGAAAAUCAGUAAUUCCCUGUCAGUCCUACUUAGUGAAAAACAGAAACAAGAAAAGCAAAACAAAGGGAAGAAGAAAAAGAAAGGGGUCUUACCUGGAGGCGGUUUGAAAGCACAGUUGAGAGAUGACCUUGACUAUGCAGAGUUCGAUGGUGGCUACGCCCAAGACUAUGAGGACUUCAUGUGACACUGGCUCCAUUACCAUUGCCCUGUUCCCCUCCCAACCCUCCGAAAUGCAGCUGUAUGUUCUCAUGCUGUCCAGUGCCAUCCUGGUAAAUCUGAACUGUGUUGCCCACUUCAUUUUGCUUCAGUGACCAGAGGGACUAUACCAGGGAGCAUCCAGUCUCACCAACUCGAUUCAUACAUAAGGAAUUGCCUUUUCCCUCUCAUUCAGCCUCUACUCACACACACAUGAUCAUGUAUCUGUUGAGUGACCCAACUUCAAUGGAGAAUGCAUUAUAACUGCUGUUGUCUCAAGUCCUUCAGGGCUCAUUUUUUAUUAAAUGUUGCUCUUGGCAGAUACAAUAUUGCAGUUAUCAUAAGUGUAGUGACAUAGAAACACAAGGUUCUAUGCAAAUUCUUUAACCAGAAUGUUAUGUAUAUAGGUCUCACUUAGCUGUGGAUGGUUCUCUUGUAGGAAAGUAUAUAGUAUCUAAAAUCAUUGGUUGCCAAAUGCAGAACCAUUUUUCAUCUUUAUCUCUGGAAAGGCUGCACUGUGGGCGAUUGGAGACUGACACGUGUAAGUAGUAGUUGUAAUUUCACAGAGAACACAUGACAUUCACUGUAAGAUAAAAGGGAUAGAAGAUGAGUAUAAUAAAUGUGACUUUAGAACCUUACAGCCAUUCUCUUUAUACAUCUCUGGAAUAUCCUUGAACAUUUGGAGUAAAGAGUCUUUAGGUUGUUUUUUUUUCCCCACAUGACAAAUAAUUUACUAAUUUGAUUUCUACUACUGCAGAAAGUAUUCCUUGGGCAAGUGUAUUAACUUAGUCAUUGCUUCUGCAGGCUUGUAUCAAGUGUGAUGAGGAGCGGGGGCUUAUGGGCUUUCACCCCACCAUGUCUUCAUAUGGGCUACACUUGGUUGAAGGGGGUGUAUUUCAACUUUUUUUUAUUUUUAGCAAUUGACCAGUUUCAAUGUUACACGGACAAUUCGAUAUUACAGUGUGGAAGAUAUGGCAAUUGCAGUGUUUUAUAAGCAUCUAAUUUAAUAAAUCACUGGUCAAAUGGA